AAAAACAUUUGUUCAUUAGUAUAUAAAGAAAUCGCUUGGAUCCCUCUUAAUCAACAUAACACAAACUAAUAUCCUUAUUCCAAUUCCAAAUACAAACCAAGAAAUUCAGAAAAAUGGAGAGAAAAGCUGAUCAUGCUACUGCCAACCGCACCUACGAUGAGUUUGAUCCAGUCUUUAACUGGAAAAGCGAACAAGGAUUCGAAAUUCUCACAAUUAACCUUCCAGGGUUUAAGAAAGAGCAACUUAAAGUGCAAGUAACCUCAACGAGGAAGGUGAGAGUGACGGGGGAACGUCAUGCAGGAGGCAACAGAUGGAUCCGUUUCCGCAAGGAGUUCCCUAUUCCGGCUAACGUCAAUGUCGACUCCAUUGCUGCCAUAUUUGUAGGCACAAGUCUUGUUGUGAAGCUGCCUAGACUAGAGCUAACGGGGAAACAAACUUCUCCCAUUGGAACAACCGCAAGACCUCCCCCGGUUCAUAAGCAAACCGAGAAGGUUCAGCCAACAGGAGAGAAAGAAGCAGAACUAAAGAAACAUGCAGAGAAAGCUCAAUUGUCAAAGCCAUCUGGAGAGGAAGACAAGAAACGGGGAGAGAAAGAAGAAGCUAUCAAAGCCGGAGAAAAGGGAAACGUUUGUGAUGGAGUUAAGCAAGAUUAUAGAAGUAAGAUGAAUGCAUACAAGGAGAAUCUUGGAGGAUAUAUGGCAAUGAUGAAGAAUAAUCAGAGAGAAAUCACAAUUGGGAUGGUUGCUCCAGCGGCUGCGGUUCUGUUGCUAUCGAUUGGAUUCUAUGCUAGUCAAAUGUUUACUUCUUAAUAACCUCUUCAAAGAUUUCUCAAAGGAGGAUAAAA